UAACUAGAGGAAAUUCAUGGGGGCAUGGCGACCUUUGGCCAUUUGAACGCCUCUUACUUUAAUUGGAUCAUUCUCGGUAUAAAUAUUAUAAAACUGACGGCCACUACUAGUUUUCCACUUAUGCUUGACAAUCAGGGCUUCCAUGGAGUCCAAAAUUUCCAUCUUUCUCCCAACAUCUAAUCUCUGCAAUCUUCUCGUUCUUGUUUUCUUCUGUUUUGCUGCUUGUCCUUCACUUGGUCGCCUCUCUUUCAACUUCUAUGCAACAUCAUGUCCCGCUGCAGAGUUGAUGGUGAGCAACACUGUAAGGGCAGCUUCCUCCAAUGAUCCAACCAUCCCCGGGAAACUACUUCGCCUGUUGUUCCAUGACUGUUUCGUGGAGGGUUGUGAUGCAUCAGUACUAUUACAAGGAAAUGGGACAGAGCGAAGUGAUCCAGCUAAUACCUCUCUCGGAGGAUUUUCAGUUAUCGAUUCAGCCAAAAGGGUGCUCGAAAUCUUCUGCCCUGGAACCGUUUCUUGUGCUGAUAUUAUUGCUUUGGCUGCAAGAGAUGCAGUUGCAAUUGCGGGCGGACCUGCAUUUCAAAUUCCAUCAGGGAGAAAAGAUGGGAGGAUAUCCAACUCUGCUAAUGUCAGGCCCAAUAUAGUAGAUACUAGCUUUACCAUGGAUGAAAUGAUAAAGCUCUUCAAUUCUAAAGGCUUGUCUCUAGAUGAUCUUGUUACAUUAUCAGGUGCUCAUACAAUAGGCCUAGCUCAUUGUAGUGCUUUCAGUGAUCGGUUCCAACAGGACUCCAAGGGAAAGCUCAGGCUGGUUGACACAUCCCUAGACAUUACCUACGCAAAAGAGCUCAUCAGAAAGUGUCCAGCAGGUGGAAGUAGCACAUCCAACACCGUCAGCAACGAUCCCGAGACAUCCUUUGCAUUCGACAAUCAGUAUUAUGGGAACCUAUUAGCCCACAAAGGGUUGUUUCAGUCAGAUUCUAUUCUACUAGAGGAUGGAAGAACAAGGAAACAAGUAGAGGAGUUUGCAAAUAACGAAGAAAGGUUUUUCCGGAGUUGGGGAGAGUCAUUCUUGAAGCUCACUACCAUUGAAGUGAAGACAGAUAAUGAAGGGGAAAUCCGACAGUCUUGCUCCUUUACUAAUUAAUGGCUUCUUUGUCUUACAGUUCAAACUCAAAUAAUGGCUCUUAAUAUGUUAAUAAAUGCCUGUAAUAAUAUCUGUAUUCAUGUGUUAGUGUUCAUGUAGCGUCACCUUAACUUAGUUAUUUUCAUCAUGUUGUUAGUGUUCAUGGUAUUUAAACUUGUAUAUUUUGAUCUCUAGGCCCAAGAGGCCAAAGUAAAGCCUAAAGCCCAUAACUAUUUGUUUUUU